AUGACAUUCCCGAACGACUCAAUUGCGAGAUCCGAGAGAGAAGUCGGCACGAAGUACUUGUUGUUCCCUCAAGGCAGCAACGUUCAACUCGUCUACUGCCUGACCUUGAACACAUACGCGAAGCCAUCAGGGACAUACACCAUCGGCAUUACCGCCGGUGUGGCGUGGGAACUACCCUAUAGAAAUAUCCUACCGUACCGGAAGCCGGCCGAGGUUUAUCAUCGUCGCAGCAGAAGAGAGCUAUAUCGUAAAAUAGAGCUAAUGCUGAGAACGCUGGAGAAGGACGGCAAGGCGUGCGUCCUGAAGGCGAUCUGCCGGGCGGCCGGGCGACCGCGCGAGGACGUCGGCAAAGGCAGCUUCCUCGAGGAGAUCCUCCACGUUAUAUUCACCCCGCCCGGGGGACACUACGACAUCGAUCCGAUGACCGAGUACGAACGAACUUAUCACUUGGGUGAGAAUUGCGAGGACGUGCACGCCAAGUGUCCGGAUGUCUUGUGA